AUGCGCACAGAACUAUUCGCCCAUGAGAUCCAAGAAGAGAUCUUGAAACGACAACCGCUCAUCGUGUACUCAACAGAUGAGCUCAGAUUAUCCAGUCCAGUGAACCGCCACAUCUUCAUCGCGACAGAUAAUGCGAGAUUUGAGAAACUUUUUACUCAGCAUGGCGGCACGAUCAUAAGUCAUGAAGUUUUUCGACGGCAGAAAGCGCCGUUGCCAAUAAUCGAAUACCUGCGCAAACUCGUUAAUGCUUUACUGGAGCUUGAGAAGGGUCAGUUUGCGGACGACCUACAGAAACGAUACACGAUACAAAUUUGCACAGCUCUAUCUAGUGUAUACUACAAACAACUCCGCUGGCGCCUGUUCCUGCGCGACUACUCUGAAAUCCGAGAGCCAGACAUUGCAGACGACCUACCCGCAGCACUAGCCGCAACAGGGAAACUGCAAGAGCUCCUAGAUCUCGUUUCGGGCAACCCCGAUCGUUUGAAAGAAAGCUGCUCUUGUCUUUCUAGCCCUCUAGAGGCAGCUGCAGCAUGUGAUCAAGUGCACAUAGUCAAAACCAUUUUAGAUAUCUUCUCAACCCACAAUUUCGAAACGGAUAAGAUGUCCCAACACUUCUGGCCUUACCGAAACGAUGCGAUCCACAAACGUGUGAAGAGAUCUGGACUAACUGCUGCGAUCCGCAAAGGUGCGAAGGAAUCUGGAAACAUUCUACUUGAUCAAUGCCUUCCUUCCGCGCGACCAAACAGGUCCAGCUGGACUCAAUUGACUAAGGAAGUGGCAAGGUAUACCGACAAGGGCUUCAUGAAGAGAGUAUUAGAAGCACCCAAGUACAACGUCGGGAAAAGGAGGGGAUUAGAGAAAAUUGACGCGGUUCAGGUGCUGAAGGAAGGCAGUUGUUCAGUUCUACGUGCUGUCAUUCAAGACGGUUACCUGGAUCCCAACGAAGCAAUUUAUGACUUCACACCGCUUGCUUUGGUGAUAAACUUCCAUCGCUACGACCUCGCUCGAGUACUUAUCCAACACGGUGCCUACGUUGAUGGCGUACCCGACACGGGAAAACCUGUGACCGCCUUGUGGCACGCAGCUAGAGCGGGUUAUCGGGGAUACGGAGACAAUGUCUUGCCUGGAGUAAAGUUUCUUAUCAGAAAUGGAGCGGAUCCUGACUUUGGAGGGGACUGGAGAUCUCCGCUUCAAGCUGUGGAAGGGCUGUGGCCCGACGUGCAGUAUCUCUUGCGACAGGCAAAAGACCAUGGCCAGGACGUGGCGCUAAGCCCGGAAACAUGGAGAAAGUACGAAGAGAGACCUGCAAGGGAUACACCCGUCGUCGUUGACCAAAACUCGUCUUGUGGAGUUAGUGAACGCGUAAGAUCGUGGGAAUCAGACCAAGAAUGA